GACUGCGUUUACGCCUGAUUUCGUGCGUAACAGGAUCGCCGUCUCCCAGGCCCCGUUUUCCGCGUCUUUUAUUUAUUUAUUUCCGUGUAAACUGCAGUCUUGAUAUAAAAACAUUGAUGGUCAAUAAUUUAUCCGUGCGUUGAGGGCCCCGGUGUGAACGGUAAAGGACUGUAAACCCACUCGAACCCCCGUGAAUCCUCCUCCGACAUGGCUCGACCACGGCCGCGGGAAUAUAAGGCGGGAGACCUGGUUUUCGCGAAGAUGAAGGGAUACCCGCACUGGCCGGCGAGGAUCGAUGAGCUGCCUGAAGGAGCUGUCAAACCACCGGCAAACAAGUACCCCAUCUUCUUCUUUGGAACCCAUGAAACUGCGUUUUUAGGUCCAAAGGAUCUUCUUCCAUAUAAGGAGUAUAAAGACAAAUUUGGGAAAUCCAACAAAAGGAAAGGCUUCAAUGAAGGUCUGUGGGAGAUCGAGAACAACCCUGGAGUCAAGUUCACAGGUUAUCAGGUGGUCCAGCAGCAGAGUUCAUCAGAGACAGAAGACGGAGGAAACGCCGCUGACGGCAGCAGCGAGGGCGAGGAGGGCGACUCUGUGGAGGAGGAAGAAGAUAAGGACAAGCUGAAGGAGGACAAGACGGGCUCCAAAAGGAAAAAGACUGCCUCCUCCAAGAAAUCAUCUAAGCUGUCGAGGAUCUCAUCUGGAGAAGACGACCUGGAGAAGGACGGGAAGGAAGAGGACCAGAAGAGCGGAUCAGAGGGAGGAGACCCAGACAACGACAUCAUCCAGAACACUACCGACAGUAAGAACCAGCUGCUCAUAGAGGAGCAUUAAGUGAUGAAGCAUGAAAUCAUCCUCUGCAGCUGAGAUGUUUCAAGGCUGAAUCUAUGACAUGACGUCUCAUCACCGCCACCUACUGGUUGCCAUGGUCACCUCCAUUUCUCUGUUGGACUUAAGCGGUGUGUGUUUGUCUGACAGAUGCACCCAUACUGAUACUGGUGUCUGUUAUCAGGGUAAGAGCGGGCAUUAAGUCACUGCUUUGUUCAGCACUUACAUUUAAACACCAUUCAGAAACCACCCGGAAGACACGCCCCUUUUCCCCCAUUUCACCAUGAACUUAAUUAAGUGGGUAAAUUAAAGUUUUUAAUGUAGAAUCUGUUUUAUCCAGUGACUGUGAAGGGUUGUAGGUUUUUAUUGUAUAAGUCUAGAUUAUUUAAAAGGGCAUUAAGUAUUUUAAAAGUUCAUCCACUGUUUAGACAAAUGAUAAUCCAAACCAGUAGUAAAGUAAGUCUGUAGGACGGGGGGGAGUUCAGGGGGUUCAGGGGCCACAUACUGACCAAUGUGAUCUAAAGUGGGCCGGACCAAUCAA